AACUCCCGCGCCCACUCCCCGAGAAUCGAACGCAUCUAGCGGCUCUAAUCUGCCGUGUGGCACCGUGAUGCCGGAGGAGAACCCGUGAAGCGCUGGGGGGUGGGGGAGCUCCCUAACCACCAUGCUCCUGUCACAACAAGCAAAAUGAAGGUCGGCUUUGUUUCGUCUACAUGUGUCGUUACCUGCUGUAAACACGCAGAAGUCCGGUCCGCAUGAGAGAGGGGCUCCUUCGCUGAGUCUCAGCCGUUAUUUUGGCAUUCUUUGACGGCGGACAAGAAGCAGCCAGACAGGGGGGGCUGAACCUUAGAGCCGCGGCCGCUUGACAGGUGCGGCCGCUGGGCUCCGUCGGAGAGAUGCCGCCGGUCCAGAGGACCAUGUCUGAUCUUCGAACCCGGGCAGAAGGAUAUGAAAAGACAGAAGACACGUCAGAGAAGACAUCACUGGCCGACCAAGAAGAUGCUCGACAGAUAUACCUCAACCAGCCUCAGUUCACAAAGUUUUGCAACAAUCGAGUCAGCACAGCCAAAUAUAACGUCCUCACCUUCCUCCCUCGAUUCCUCUACUCGCAGUUCAGAAGGGCAGCCAAUGCCUUCUUCCUUUUCAUUGCACUCCUGCAGCAAAUCCCAGAUGUGUCUCCUACUGGUCGCUGGACCACCCUCGUGCCGCUGCUCUUCAUCCUGGUGGUGGCAGCUGUCAAAGAGAUCAUUGAAGAUCUGAAACGCCACAAAGCUGACAGUGUUGUCAACAAAAAGGAAUGCCAAGUGCUGAGAAAUGGUGCCUGGGAGAUUGUGCACUGGGAAAAGGUGGCUGUGGGGGAAGUAGUCAGAGCUGCAAACGGGGAUCACCUCCCAGCUGACCUCGUCAUUCUGUCGUCCAGUGAGCCACAAGGUAUGUGCUACAUUGAAACAUCUAAUUUGGAUGGAGAGACCAACCUUAAAAUCAGACAGGGUCUCCAGGUGACUGCUGACUUAAAGGACAUAGAAAGUCUGAUGCGUCUCUCUGGACGGAUGGAGUGUGAAAGCCCAAACCGUCACCUGUAUGAGUUUGUUGGGAACAUCCGCCUGAAUGGGCACAGCACAGUACCUCUGGGUCCAGACCAAAUCUUACUGCGAGGGGCCCAGCUGAGGAACACACAGUGGGUCCACGGUGUGGUGGUCUACACAGGACAUGACACAAAGCUCAUGCAGAAUUCCACACGGCCUCCUCUGAAGCUGUCCAACGUGGAGCGCAUCACCAACUUUCAGAUCCUCGUGCUGUUUGGCUGCCUGCUGGGCAUUUCUCUGGUCUGCUCAAUCGGCCAAACCAUCUGGAAGUACCAGUACGGCAAUGACGCCUGGUACAUGGACCUCAACUCUCCAGGUAACAACCAUUUAAAAGCCUUGGCCAUCCGUGAAUGA